GAAAAUAAAGCAAAAAGGAAACUUCAAAAGCAGAUUUGUCAAGUUGUUCUGGAUCAUUUUGAGAAGCAGUACACAAGGGAACUGGGAAAUACAUGGACCAAUGUCAGAGAUGUACUCACAUACCCAUUGUGCUGGCAGUAUGCCGUCCUGCUUAACAAGUUCAGCCAGUCUGCUGAACUGGAGAACACCUUGCCUGUGAAGGGGUAUCAUCCUGCCUUUCAAGGACCUUUGCCCUAUCUUCCGGCAUCGUUGAAGUGUUACGUCAGGAGAACUCCUGGGAGAUUCCCUGCACAAAAGCACCAGGCUGGUAAACUGAAAGAGUAUUAUCUGCUGAAUGCUGCUUCGCUGUUGCCAGUGCUGGCGUUAGAAGUGAAAGAUGGGGAAGACGUUUUGGAUCUCUGUGCUGCACCAGGGGGUAAAUCAGUAGCUAUACUGCAGUGUGCCUAUCCAGGUCAGUUUCACUGUAACGAAUAUGAUGACUUGAGGUCAAGAUGGUUGAAAAAGACAAUAGAAUCGUUCAUCCCAGAUCCUUUGACUAACUUAAUAAUGGUCUCUAAACUGGAUGGUACACAGAUUGGAGAUCUUAAGCCUGAAUUAUAUGACAAGAUACUGGUUGAUGCUCCUUGUUCAAAUGACAGAAGCUGGCUAUUCUCUUCUGACAUUCAGCAAGCUACGCUUAGGCUAAUACAAAGGAAGGAGUUAUCGUUUCUACAAUUCCAGCUGCUAAGGUCUGCUAUUAAAGCAUUGCGUCCUGGUGGAUCGUUGGUCUACUCUACGUGCACUCUCUCAAAGGCAGAAAACAGCGAUGUAAUAAAUCUCAUUCUAAACUCCUGCAGUAAUGUUAUGCCUGUAGACAUAAGUGAAAUGGCCAAAGCUGUUUCUCAGGAAUUCACUUUUCUCAGUGGGACGCAACAGCAUGAACUUCUGGUUCUCCCAGAGAAAGGGAGAGCAUGGGGUCCAAUGUAUGUAGCUAAAUUAAAGAAAAUGUAGUCCAUCUGGUGCCUGUGAGUUUUUUGUAAGGGAUAUGUGCUAAAUUAAUAUUUAUUUCUAAUAUAGUAUGUGUAUAUGAACAUGUCCGAGGCAACUGAAUUCAGGGCAUUGCAGUUUUGUAUCAGCUGCUGCCUAAUAAAAAGGAAGCUAGCCGCUUGACUUAGUUUAGCUUAAUAUACAGAAUGUGUCUUCUUAUGUGGACUUGUGGGCCUCGGAGGUCCUUAUGAAGUCAAGGGAGCUUUGUAUUAUUUUCAAGGUGACGCUUUUAAAUGGAUUUAUAUCCUAGAAUGGAGGUCUGCGUGGUGGGUUUUUUGCACUGUUUUUUGUUUUGUUUUAAUUACUAAUUUGAUUUUAAUACAGUAUAUUUUAAAAUAAGUCGUCUGAAUGGUGCCUGCUUCUGAAGUCAUGGAAAUCCUGCAUUCUCUCUCAAACACGUCUAGAAAUCUGUUUUCCUGUAAGAACUGAUUUGUAUGCAGUCUGUCAUCUUAAGCGCUAUUCCAAGCACUUGCAAAACAGGUUUCAUAUUUGCGAAGUUGUUUACUGGUUAAAAACUGUCUUUUGUUUACAGUCGCAAAGGUCAGCAGCUAUAUCGACACGAGCUUUUUCUUUUUUUAUAUUUUUGUAUUUUUGAGCUUACAAAAAUAUAAAUUGAAAGAGUAAAUUACGUUGAAAUGUCCUUAAAACAGUAGAUUUAGAUGCGUUUAGCAUUGGUACUCAGUUUGUGGCAUAAUGCAGUAUAUCCAGCAGUCUCUAGAGCACAUAUUUGAAACAGAAGCAGAAUGAUUAAUAACCGCAAUAAUGGCACAGUAUUCAGAGAGUUUUGUUACAUAAUUACAGUAAUGACGAGCAAAACAAUCUGGAGAAGUGGCUUAUCCACCGAGUUAAGAAAUGUUACGUGAAUUCGUGAUGUCGUAUCUGUGGUGUGUGAGG